ACGAAACAGUGGAAAGGAGGCAGUAUGAUUGAAUUGCUAUCAUCAAUUGACCAGCCUCCUCCAAUGACAGAGAAGUCGUAUGCCUCUGGCUGGGCGCCCAGAGAUCGUAGGGACAACGUUCCGGUGCUAGGCGACGAAUAAACCAGUCGAGAACGACAGACGUGGAAGGCUAGCCACCGUUGGCCAACGUUCAUCGAGCAAAUAACGUCCUGCAAAGAUGCUUCAAGUCCUUGGCCCAGGAUCUGCGGGAUAGCACCAUUUAUCUAUCUGGCCAGAAGUCUCUCCCACCGUGGCACCACUUGGAUGUAGAGUAGGUGUCUAGGUAUGUGCUCUUGUGUUCGUGUUGCCUACCUCUGUGCAGGGAAGCCCCCUGCUUAGGUAAUGAGGACCUGUCUCUCGCGAUUUCCUACUGUCAACCAAAAUACUUACAGUCAGGAGCCUGAAUUCGUCGGGUGAACCUGAGGUGACCGUCGCCAUGGCGGCUACUACGAAUUUCAACGCCUCCAGCGGUUGGAGUCACGAUGCGGACGAUUCCUUCCGGGCGUUGUUGCCCGCAACAUCUGGACUGGUGGAUUUCACGUUGCUCUUCGAGGAGGCGAUUCUGAUUUUGGGACCUCUUGCACUGGGAGUACUUCUGCUGUCCAUACAGGUGGCGUGGAAGGCAUGGAAGCGGCCGCGCAGAAAGCUGCGCGGCCUGGACAAUCCACGAUCCGUGGUGAAGGCUGUCCUAUACGUGACACUGCUCGUUCUGCAACUCACGACCGUGAUGAUCACGAUGCUGUUGCAAACCGCCGGCUCCAUCGUCACCACCAAGGUCUCCGAUGCCGCCGGGGCUGUGUCCUUGGCUUGCGCUUUUUUGCUGGCGGCAGAUCAGAUGCUGCACGAGAUAUACUCUCUCCGUUCGUCAGCAUUGUCGCAGGGUAUCCUCGGAUGGUGGGCGUUGACGGACAUUGUGACGAUCCGCUCACAAUGGCUCCGGCCGCAACAUCGUGCUCCAGCGGCGUUGUCGACGGUCCAGCUCGUGGUCAAACUCGCCAUCAUCGUGACCGAGGAGCUGAGUAAGAGACCCCAUCUGCUGCCGCAGUUCGCAAACUCUCCUCCUGAGGCACUCAGCAGCAUUCACAACAGAUUUCUGCUCCUCUGGGUGAACCCACUCAUGAAGCGAGGGCUGUCUGGGAUUCCCAUAACUCUCGCCCAGCUCUGGGAGGUCGAGAAGCAGUUCUCCAGCACGGUCCUCACUGUGGAAAUGGACCGAUUGUGGGAACGGCACCUGACCAGAGAAAAGAGAUCUCCUCUGUGGUUGUUGCUCGUAGGGGAGUUCAGGUGGCUCUCAUUCCUACCUCUUCCAAUGCGCGUGGCCCAGGCUGCUUUUCAAUUUGCUCAACCAUUUCUCAUCCAAAGGACCUUGACCUGGUUCCAUUCUCCGGUCGAUCCGGAGUCUAACAAUGUCGGGUACGGCCUGCUCGGCGCUUUUGCCUUUGUUUAUAUUGGAAUCGCGGUAACGACCGCGUAUGGACAGUACCAGAUUGUCCGGCUCAUCACGGCCCUGCGCGGCAGUCUUGUGCUGCUGAUAUAUCGCAAAACGCUUGAUGUCAAGAAAGCCGGAGCGCAGGACUUGAGCUCCAUCACGCUGAUGAGCACGGAUGUUGAACGAAUCGUCCAAGGUUUGCAGUAUGCGCACGAAGCGUUCAUCAGCUUCUUCACCUUGGGUCUCUCGCUUUGGCUACUUGAAAGACAGCUCGGGGUAGCGGCGGUCGCUCCAAUCGGGGUCACAGUUGUCAGCGCCCUAAUCAUCGGAGCCUUUGGGUCAAAUAUCUCGAAUGCUCAGAAACGAUGGCUUGAAGCCGUCGAAAGGCGAGUGGCGGUAACCACCCGCGUCCUUACCAACAUGAAGAACGUCAAGAUGUUGGGCCUAGCCAACCACAUGGCUGGCAUGAUGGAAGCGCUGCGUACAGCUGAACUGAACAUCUCGUUGGCUCUCCGACGAUGGCUCACCAUGGCGGUGGGACUCUCGUUCGCGGCUCCAAAUCUUUCCCCAGUUCUGGGGUUUGGCAUUUAUAUCGCCGUCGCGAAAAAGCACGGAGACACUCUGUUGAAUGAGAAGGCCUUCACAGCUCUUUCCUACUUCAACCUUGUCCACCAACCUCUCAACGUCAUCAUCCAGACCUUGCCAGCCGUGAUAGCUGCGUUGGCGGCCUUCGAUCGCAUCGAUACGUUUUUGAAGCAGGAGUUGCAGGAAGAGUCCAACAUUGGACUUACGGACGAGAGCAAGCCAGAUACCAUGACUGCCUGGAUUCCGGACCAGCUAGACGAAAAGAAAGACGACAAGAAAGUCACGCUCGUCAGUCUGUCCAGUUCGGACGUGUCCAGCCCAUCUACCCCGGAGCCCAUGACAGACCAAUGCAUCUCUAUCGUGCACUGUACGGUUCAUCGCGCAGGUAACACCAAGCCUGCUCUCAACGACAUUAACGUCCAAAUCGCAAAGGGCUCCAUCACCAUGGUUGUUGGGCCGUCCGGCAGUGGGAAGACAACACUGAUGGAAUGUAUUCUGGGCGAGAUCUCGCCUUCAAGCGGAUCCAUUGUCUUUGCCAAACCCCAAGGCUCCAUAGCCUACUGUUCUCAGAUCCCUUGGCUGCGCACUGGCUCGGUCCGGGAAAACGUGCUGAGCGGCCUGCCGUACGAGGCACCUUGGUUCCAAACGGUAAUGCGCGCCUGUACGUUGGACCAAGAUUUUGGAAGUGAGGCCGACUCUUCGGUUGGUCACGGAGGCAAUGGCCUGAGCGGAGGCCAACGACAGAAAGUGGCACUGGCGAGGGCCAUAUACUCGAGAAGACGCAUCCUUGUCAUUGAUGAGCCCUUCACCGGCAUUGACAGUAGGUCCAGAGAGGCGAUAGUAGAUAGCCUACUCGGUCCCAACGGCCUGUUUCGUCAGCUGUCGCUCACUGUGCUCAUCACUUCACAUUCCGCAAAAUAUCUCUCUCACGCCGACCUUAUCGUCGUGCUCGACUCGAAGGGCAACGUCAUUGAGCAAGGACCGUUCCAGGCGGUCCAGGACUUGACCAUAAUGCAGGAACCGCAGUCCGAUACUGCCGCCACAGCAGAGAAACAACCGAUUUCAUGGUCAACCAACCCAUGCGCAUUCGCUCUGGAUACAAGGGAAGAUGUAGCCGCAACAAGCACCCAAAAAUCGCGCAGAGGAGAACUGGAGGCUUACAAGUACUACUUCGCCUCCCUGGGCUGGUGGAAGCUCUCUUUGGCGGUUCUUCUGGUGAUCUCCUUUGUCUUCUUCACUCUCUUCCCCCAAAUAUGGUUGGCGUGGUGGACUUCAUUCAACGUCAAGCACCCGAAUCAGCAGCUCGGACGUUGGCUUGGGCCAUACGCGGCGUAUGGUUUCCUCGCAUUCUUGUCGUUGGCGGCUGGGACAUGGCUGAUGCUCUGCGACAUGGUCGUCAACUCCGCAGGGUCACUUCAUUCCACUCUGGUGAAGGCGGUGCAACGUGCUCCGCUAUCAGUAUUCUGGACCAUCGACCCCGGUGUCACGGUGAAUCGGUUCAGUCAAGACAUGUCGCUUGUUGACAUGGAACUGCCGAUGGCUUUUGCAAACACAGUCAUUACGUUCGUCAGCUGUAUCGCACAGAUGGUGGUCAUUGCAGUGGGAUCCAAGUACCUCGCAGCUGUCAUCCCUGCAAUCAUGGCUCUUGGGGCGGUCGUUCAGCAGCUGUAUAUCCGCACUUCACGGCAGCUUCGAUUUCUGGACAUCGAGGCUAAGGCGCCACUCUAUACCUUAUUCAUUGAAACGUACAAUGGGCUCGCAUCUAUCCGAGCAUUCGGCCUCCAAAGUCAGUUGAACGACGAGAUGGCGGCCAGUCUCGAUGUUUCGCAGAAGCCCUUCUACCUCUUGUUCUGCAUCCAGAGGUAUCUGGGCCUCGUCUUGAACUUGAUGGUCGCAGGACUGGCGCUUCUCCUCAUCGGAGUAUCGAUCGCCACCAGAGGACAUGUCGGUACGGGAUUCCUCGGCGUGUCUCUCAUCAACCUUAUGACCUUCGGCACAAGCUUGACCGAUUUUGUCAACGUCUGGUGCACCCUGGAAAUCAGCUUGGCGGCGGUAGAACGUGUCAAAAGCUUUUCCGAGCAAACGCCCCAAGAGAAAACGCUGGCGCCCGAUCCCUUACCGCCAAAUUGGCCAGAGAACGGGAGUGUACGAAUUGAGGGUUUGUCGGUGUCUUAUGGCGGACCGAAACCUGCCCUCCAAGACAUUUCAUUGUCUAUUGGACCAGGCCAAAAGGUGGCCAUCUGCGGCAGGAGCGGAAGCGGCAAGACGAGUCUGUGCCUAUCGUUAUUCAAGCUGCUAGAGUCGUCCGCUGGCUCAAUAACAAUAGGAGGCCACGACAUUGCCCAUGUUGAGCAUGAGCGAUUACGCGAAGCUAUCGCCGCCGUCACGCAGGAUCCUUUCCUCCUGCGCGCAACAUUGAGAUCAAAUCUAGAUCCCAGGGGUUUGAGGGCAGACCAGGAAAUCAUCGAGACCUUGCAGGAUGUUGAGCUGUGGAGCAAGUUUGACCAUGGAGACAAGCCGCUGGACACGAAGAUCGACCCUGACCAUUUAUCAUUCGGCGAGAAACAAAAGCUCUGUCUUUGUCGAGCCCUCCUCAAGAAGAGCAAGCUUCUUGUCUUGGAUGAAGCAACAAGCGGAGUUGACCAGGAAGCGGAUGAACUGAUCCAUCGUCUUGUAUGCCACCGGUUACCAGAGACCACCGUCAUCUCGGUCAUCCAUAGACUCGACCAGAUCAACCUUUACGACCGUGUAGUGCUUCUUGCGGAGGGCAGGAUCGUGGAGGAUGGGAAGCCAGAGGAGCUCCUGAAAGAAGAAGGCUCUCUUCUCUAUGAUUUGCACCUGCAUGGGACAGAGGAUUAGUUCAUCAAGAAAUAGCAGUCAUUCAGUUGAAUUUCACUCCUGGGCCGAUUUGUUAGUUUCGGGUUUCGUAGCCUGGUUUCCAUCUCAUCCACUUUCUUGGUUUUGGAGCCUGUACGAUCAAAGGAGCCUGCU